AUGAACUCUAGUGCCAAUAGUACUGACUCGAGUCCGGCAUUACAUGAUCUUUUUUCGCCUUUAUCAUCUCCUGCAUUGCUAGAGGAUCUCAAAUCUGUGGUGCUUAAUCAGAUCAAUUUGAAUAAACAAAUUCAGCAAGUUUUGUUGUCAUCGCAUCAAUCCGGAAAUUUCUUGGAUGUAGCUGACAAUGUUACGGAUCCGAGACUUUAUGUUGGCAACUUCUUGUCCAUUGAUUUUUACCCUAGUUUCAACAAGAUGCCACUCUCAACUCAAAGUGUAUUCACUUUCAUUUUGAAGGUGGAAGCUAUGCUGGAUAAGACCAUCUGUGCCUUGUCUACUGUGUUCAUUGGAUCAUCCGGAUCAACUUUCACAGAAGACAUUUUGCGGCUUCGGAAGGACUGGGGAUUAGCAUCACCCUGUGAUGAGUACCUCUGUCGGGGUGAAGUGCCGAAUUUUAUUGCAGAUGACGAAUGA